AUGAACUCCUUCCGCUUCGCGCGCGCGGCCCUCCGAGCCCGCCCUGCUGCCUUCCGCGCUCCCCUCCAGCGCAGAACCUACGCAGAUGCCAUCAAGCUGAGCUUGUCCCUUCCUCACCAGUCCAUCUACCAGUCCCAGGAUGUCGUCCAGGUCAACAUCCCCGCCGACUCCGGCGAGAUGGGUGUCCUCGCCAACCACGUUCCCGCCAUUGAGCAGCUGAAGCCCGGUCUGGUCGAGGUUGUCGAGGAGAGCGGCCCCAGCAAGCAGUUCUUCCUGUCCGGCGGCUUUGCCGUUGUCCAGCCCAACUCUGUUCUCAGCAUCAACGCCACCGAGGGAUACCCCAUUGAGGACUUCAGCGCCGAGGCUGUCAAGUCCCAGCUUGCCGAGGCCCAGAAGGUCGCCAGCGGCAGUGGAAGCGAGUUGGAGAUCGCCGAGGCGAAGAUUGAGGUCGAGUCAAUGUACCUCACUCCUCCACGAGGUGCCGACCCAGACUCUAUGCAGCUUCGCCAAACCGCUUCGACCGGUCGGCUUCGAGCAAGACCGAGCAGGACGCUCAGCCGGCCUCCAAAGAUGCCAAUGGCAUCGAUUUCGGCCUCGUCAAGCCCGCAGAAGCCACGACACUUUUCCAACAACUCCGUUUCCUCCAUUCAGUCUUAUGGAACAGACAUGACAACCUCGACAAUUCGGAAACGCCAUGCUCGGGACAUCUUUGCAGAAUUUGGCAUCUCUCGUCCGUCGGGAUGGCUCUCUGACGACGAAGAAGAGGACUUUUCGCGUCACCGAGAUGGAACCAACAGCAUUCCCAGGCAUGUUCUCAACACGUGCCAUUCCUGCGGCGCAGAGGUAACUUCUCGCACAUUCUGCUCCAUGUGCGGCCAUGCGGUGUGCCCACAAUGUGCCAACGAGAUACCGGACGAUGGCUCGAUCGACUUUGAGCAUACCGGCAGUAGUCAUCGAAAUGCUGUAACCAGUCAACAUCAUAUCUCGAAGGUAACAGAGGAGCACAUUCGGUCAUCUUCCAGCCUGGAAGCUACAGAGACAUCGAAGAAGAAUCAGAGGGCCCCAGCCACCUCGGUCAAUCUCAAUGAGAACCCCUUCAUACUUGCCGACAGGAUGACGAAGAUCACCACGGCCGAACCACAGAUCACUGACAUGACGGUUGGCGCGGGACAAGCAUCAAGGCUCUCAGAUUGUGUUCCUAGGCAAACGGACUUGAAUACUGCAGAGACACAUGGAGAUUACGGGAAUCCAAGGUGCAAUGCCACCCAUGCCGGGCAUCACUCUGGUCGCCACAGUAUUGCAUGCAUUGUCGAGCAGCAAAGUUCAGUAAGCAUGGAUGACUCGGAGCCGCUGCGACCACAUCUACCGCUGGAGGAUCCCGUCCAGAACAAGAUUGACCAAAUGUACCAUCACGCUGAAGAUCUCAGACGUGCACAGCACAUUAUGGAGCACCUGGCCACUGGUUCCGCUGGAAUUCCAGCAAGCAAGCAGAACUCUCAACACACUACUCCCUCUAGACAGCAGACGCAGUCACAGUCUCUUGACGUAGAUCCAGUCAAGAAGAGAGGUUCAGAUUCGCUGUCUGUUCUUGCCGGAGGACGGCUCUCGCGUUCUCCAUCAUGGCUGAAAAGUCCUACUCAGAUGUCAAAUCGCAUGACGAGCAGACUGAUGACAAUGGAGACCAAGAGUUCUCCCCAAAUGAAAACACCUAGUAGUGGAGAUUCCGCCGUAAAGACAAUUAGUCCAGCAUCUGCAAUUUCCUCCGAGAGUGCCAAGAGCAGCAGCCACCUGAUACAAGGUCAGUUUGAGCAGCUCAGUUCCCCAACAGGCGGAGCGUCUAUCCAGUGGCCAAAGUUGAAGAAGGUUCACAAAGAGGCAAACCAUGAAGUGCAGAAGGAGCCACUUCCAUGGCUAAAGAGACCGUUGCGUCGCGUGCAUAAAGAGGAGAACAUAUCGCAGCAAGCUCAGGAACAGAAGGCCGCGGACGUUGAGUCAUGGAGAUCUCAGCUUCGAAAAGUUGCAGCCGCAGAAGCCGAGUCUUCUGAGGGACACAACACGCAUCAUAUCGAUCAGAAGCGGGCAGACAGUUGCGUCUCGUGUGGCCACGACACACCAUCACCGCGUGUUCCCGCCGACAGGCGAAACAGUACAUCAAAUGCUGCCAAAGCCUCUCUGGAGGAAUUUGACAGGACGGAGCAAGUCGCUCAGGAGGACCAUGCUUACGCUAUGAGGCACAAGCGUCUUGAAGAGAUGAAGAAAUCGAUCUCUCAGAGAUCGAGCUCAAGGACCUCGUCAACGACGAAGAUUGAAUCAAAGACUGUGAGCCAAGUCACCCGAAAUUUGGAGGCUACUCACUCUACUUCGGAAACAUUCGAAGUCGAAGACGCCAGUGCCAACGGCAGCGUGGAGCUGGUGGAGCGAUUGUCUCGACCUCUUGAUGACGAAGUCGAGGUAUUCAGUCCGCUACCAAUCAUGCCACCGAACCAUACAUGCUCUUGGAAGGAGAGAUAUCUGAAUUUGACAGCGGAGGUGCGGGAGUUGAAGGCGGAAAUCGUUUCUCGAGAACGACGCGACACGCCUGGGCACGCGGACGUGGGUGUCAACGUCAGCCAGGAUGAUGAUUACGAAUUGGGAGUUGAAGGGCUCACCAUUGUCAUGCAUCUCAGAGGCAAAGACGAUUUGAUCAUCAACACUGACUUGACGCAUGCCUCUUCCGGACUUUGA